CGAAAAACAGUCAUUAGUCAUAGCUUUACACUUUACAGUUUACUGCUUUAUUCGUCAACUUCACAGUAGUUUUUAGAUCACUCGUCUAACACUAAUAUCAAAUUAAUUUAUUCUGUGAUCUACCUUCUAGGUAUAAUAUAACCAUAUAGUUUCAAGUGUUUCUACUUCUUGUGUUAAUCGUAAUUCGUAAAUCUAUCAUUAAUUAUUAAAUUAUCACCUAAUAUAUUAUAUACCUACAUUUUUAGCUAUAAACAGAAAAUUCUGUGUUACCUAUUACUUAUAAGUAGUUGUAGUUCUGUUCACAGUUAUUAGAAAUAUAUCUCAAGUUUGGGGAGUAGGUACCAAAAAAAAUUGAUUGUUUUAGAAGUCAUCAAGGGUAUACGUACAAUCAGAUAGAACAAUUUUAAUGGAUCCAUCAGUUUUAACAACAUUAAAAAUUUUAUUAAUUGGUCAAAGUGGAGUUGGAAAAUCAUGUUUGUUAUGCAGAUUUACAGAUGAUACAUUUAAUGUGGACAAUGCAGUCACUAUUGGUGUAGAUUUUAAAAUGAGAAAAAUAACUGUUGAUAAUAAUAAUAUUAAGCUAGCUUUAUGGGACACAGCUGGACAAGAAAGGUUUCGUACACUCACUCCAAAUUAUUACCGCGACGGUCAAGGUGCUGUACUUGUUUAUGAUGUUUCAAACCGAGAUUCAUUUACAUGUUUAGAAACGUGGAUUAAUGAACUUAAUAGAUACUCUACCAAAACUAAUAUUAUUAAAAUGGUUGUUGGUAACAAAAUUGAUAUGGAAAGACAAGUUACUCGAGAAGAAGGUAUUGCUUUUGCUCGUCGCCAUCAAACAUUAUUUAUUGAAACUAGUGCUAAAACCAAAGAAGGCGUUUAUAUGGCUUUUGAAGAAUUAGUUAGAAAAAUAAUAAAUACACCAAGCUUAUGGGAAAAGCUUGAAGAUGCCAAUGUGGUUCGGUGUAAUGAUGAUCAUUCAGCAUCGGAGCAAAAUUAUUGUUAUUGUUGACUAUUUAAUUGUUAAAAUAUUUAUGUAAGGUUAUAUUGUGUUAUUGUACAACUAGUCUAAUACUUUGUUGGUAUAUGGUAUAUUAUUUGUAGCAUAGAAUGAAUAUGCUACAGAUGUGUCAGUAUACAUAUAAAAGUAAUUAGAACAUAUUUAAUUUUGUUUUGUAUUAUUGCACUUAAAAAUAAUUUUAAGGUUACAUUUUUGGUUGUAAAAAAUUAUCAUAUUAAAUGCUAUGGAUUACUAAUGAAACAUACAUAUAUUAUUGUAAUUGGUUACUUAUACCUCGGAAUAAUAGUUAUUCUGUGCUUAUACUAUUGAUUAUAGAUAGUACUAUCUAUAAUCCAUUAAUAAAUAUCAUGUAUACUAUAUUAUGUAAUAAUAAAUAAUAAUUUACUAAAUA